UCGUGAUAGCGUAAAGAUUAGAGUACCCCAUGGAACGAGCCCUAUGCCGCCUUCUUUUCUGCCUCUCCUUCCCUUAAAGAAAGACCCCGCGUCAGACUAAGAUCACAUGCACAUUUACUCCCCCUCAACGACACCACCGUCACCACCAUGUCCUGAAAUUAUUCAAAUCAGACCCACCUCAAAACCCAUGUCGCAAGAUCUUUGAAAGAUGGCAGCUGCUCUAGAGUGCUGGUCCGGCCGGCCCAGCACGGACGAGGACAUGGUGGAGCAGGUGCUGAUGAAGACGCACGACCGGUCGGAGGCGUUCCCCUCCGCCUCUUCCUCCUCCUCCUCCUCGUCCUCCUCCUCUGCGACAUCGUCGCCCGCCCGCGCCGCCGCCGGCUCCAACCUGCCGCCGACCAAGAAGUGGCAGCGCCUAGGCCGCAACUUCGCGGGCGCACUCGCGGCCCUCAAGAACUCCCUCAACCGCGACCCCUCCCCCUGUGGCGACAAGCUCCUCUGGGGCGGCGUCGUUCGCAACCUCACCCAGCUCUACCCAGGCAGCCAGCUCCCCGAGAAGCUCAUCUCCGACAUCCGUCGCCACUUCGAUUCCUUGCCCAACAGCUACGCUCAGGCGGGCUUCGACAUGAAGGAGAUCCUGCUUCAUGUCCGAUUAGUUGAGCAGGCGACGGCGGAGGAUCACCCGGCGGUGCAUAUCCAGGAGGUCCAUGAUGACGAUGGAGCUGAGGGAGUGGCCUUCAAGAUCACAUUUGCCUGCAACUCAUCGGUCUCGUGGCCGGCCAUGUCCGGAGCUCUCGGUACUUCCUUGAUCUGCUGCAAGAAGAUCCAGAUCUUCGAGAAGAAGGGGUUAACUCUCGGGGCCGUCACCGUCCUGGUCCAGCCUGGGAACGAGCGCCACUUCAAGUCCCGGAUCGAAGCUGCCCUGAGGUCGGCGGCGAAGAAGCCCCGGAAUAAUGUCGUGAAGCUUCCGUUUGGGCUGUGCGGUUGCCAGGAGGAGAGCUCGGGGAACGUCGAGGAAGAUGUCCAGUUUGAUGGGGAUGAUGGUCAGAGGGUUGAUAAUGAGGCUUUGCAUCGGAUUCAGCUCCCGACCCCGUUGCCGGAGUCUUCGCUUGUGGUGUCGAUUGAUGAAUGGCAGACUAUUCGAUCCGGUGGCGAGGAGAUCGGGAAAUGGAUCCUGACCUCCGAUGAGGUCGAGUUUGUCGAAAGGACAGGGCCCAAUUCAUUCAAGGGUGUGUACAGAGGGAAGAGAGUUUGGAUCAAGAAAUUGCGGGGGUGCGAGCGGGGCAGUGCCUACGAUAUCGAGAUCAGGCAGGACUUGCUGCAGCUGAUGAGCUGCGGGCAGAAGACCAUCCUCCAAUUUCAUGGCAUUUGCAUAGAAGAGAACCAGGGGCUGUGUGUUGUGACUAGAAUGAUGGAUGGGGGAUCUGUUCAUGAUGUAAUGCAGAAGAACAAGAAGUUGCCCAUUAGGGAAGUGAUGAGGAUUGCACUGGAUGUCGCCGAAGGGCUCAUGUUCAUGAACAUUCAUGGAGUUCCUUACAGGGAUCUCAACACACACAGAAUUCUCUUGGACAGGCAAGGGAAUGCCUGCCUUGGCGACAUGGGCAUCGUUACAUCUUGUAACAGUGUCGGCGAGGUCACAGAGUAUGAGACAGCCGGAUACCGUUGGCUAGCUCCUGAGAUUAUUGCUGGGGAUCCUGAGAGCGUGACAGAGACUUGGAUGAGCAAUGUGUAUAGUUUUGGCAUGGUGCUCUGGGAGAUGAUAACUGGGGAGGCAGCAUACUCUUCUUACUCGCCGGUGCAAGCAGCAGUAGGGAUUGCUGCCUGUGGAUUGAGGCCAGAAAUACCUAAAGAAUGCCCACAGUUUCUGAGAUCCUUGAUGAUGAAGUGCUGGAACAAUUGCCCCUCAAAGCGCCCUCAGUUUUCAGAUAUCAUCGCUAUAAUGCAGAGGCAAAGCAAUAGAUAAGCCUCUCUUCCUUUUCCCUCUACCUGGGAGCUCGAUGCAACAAGCUGCAUCUACCAGGAGAUAUGUAAAGUAGCACUAAUUUUGGUUACUGUUUCAAUACCCGAACUCUAAAUGUGGGAUCUGUUGUUCUUUGCAAGAAACUGUUGUUACUUUUCAACAAGAAAAAAAUCUCUCUCCUCAUUCCAUUUAAUCCGCAUACACAGACACAUGAUCCUUGGAUCCUGUCGGUUUGUUUGCUUGCAGAUGUUGUAGACCCUAGGGGUUUGAUUGGAUAGAAUUGGCCUGUUGUAUUUGGAUGGUCGGCCAUAUC